AUGGAUGACAAAAACGACGUCGCAAUGGUCGAGGUUUUGGACACCAAGGCCGCGCUUGCGCCUCAGAUUGAUCCCGAGUUGGAGAAGAGAAUGGUGCGCAAGAUUGAUCUUCGACUCCUUCCUAUUACUGCACUUGUCUACCUGCUCUGCUACCUCGACCGCUCGAACAUUGGAAAUGCAAAGAUCCUCAACUCCUCAACAAAUGACACCAUGCGGGAAACCAACAACAUGACAAAUUACCAGUUCACAAUCGCCCUCAUGGCCUUCCUUAUUGCGUAUUCAAUAUUCGAAGCUCCGUCAAACCUCGCGCUCAAGGUCAUCUCGCCAAACAAAUGGAUCGGUAUUCUCGUGAUUGCCUUUGGGGCACUAUGUGCUGGAAUUGCGGGAACGCACAACUUCGCUGGAGUCACCGCCUUGAGGUUUCUUCUAGGCGCAGCGGAAGCUGGCAGCUUUCCGGGGUUGAUUUUCUACUUCAGCUUGUGGUAUAAGCAGGAAGAGCGAGCUACGAGGAUUGCAGCAUUUCUAUGUAGUGCAACCCUCGCGGGAGCAUUUGGCGGCGCAUUAGCAUACGGAGUCGGUCAUAUGAAUGGUGUAGGCGGGCUGGAGGGCUGGAGAUGGCUCUUUCUUCUCGAGGGAAGCAUUACUGCAGUGGUAGUAGGCGUCGGCGUUUUCUUCUGGCUUCCAAGUUAUCCUGAGCAUGCAUCCUGGUUGACAACCGAGGAGAAGGAGAUGCAAAAGAUUCGACUUGGCGUGAAUGCCAAUGCGAGCGAGGAUAAAAAGCUCAACUGGCCUGAGAUCAAAGACUGCCUCACCACCUGGCGUCUCUACGUUCACUACAUAAUAUACAUGGGUGUGGGUGUAGCCGUGGCCUCACUUUCCCUCUUUUCGCCCACCAUCGUCGCCGGGCUUGGAUACAAGGACUUGCAAGCGCAACUCUUCACCGUGCCACCCUACGCAGUCGCAUACGUAGUGACAUUUGGAGCUGCCAUGCUCUCCGACCGAUUCAAGAGUCGAGGACUGAUCGCAUCCAUCUCAUGUCUCAUCGCCGGAAUCGCCUUCAUCGUCCAGGCCGCGCUCCCAGGCACUGCAUACAAGGCGCGCUAUGCCAUGCUCAUCAUUGCAACCUCAGGUGUCUUCGGUGGGCUGCCGCCGCUUUGCGCCUGGGUAGGAGAUAAUGUGCGGACUACGACAGCCGGCUCACUCUCAACGGCUCUGAACAUUGCGUUCUCAGGCCCCGGGCAGAUAAUAGGAGUGUGGAUCUAUCGCACCCAGGAUAUGCCCUUCUAUCGGCUUGGGCAUGCGAUUAAUGCCGCCUUUAUUCUGAUGAGCGGAACGUUGAGCUUUUGCCUCAUGAUGUAUUAUCGGGGAUUGAAUAAGAAAAUGGUAGGGACGAAUGAGCAGCGAUGGAUGGCCUAA